CCCUGACCUGAAAAUUUCUGGCCACUCUCCCCCCCCUUCCGAACACCCCUGGGCUGCUGGUGCGUCUUCGGACCGAGUGCGAGGGCCGAGGGGGCGUCCGGGAAGGGGGAGGGGGCCUCCCGAGACCCCUCCCCGCGUCCCGGGCCGCAGCGCUGAAUCACCGGCGAGGUUUCUGCAAACCCGUGAAUGAGCCCGACACCAGCCGCUGUGACCUGGUGCCUGGCGUGAGAAGGAGGCAGCACUGGCAUGCCCUCGGCCUGAACCCGGCGGUCCCCGCCCCCAUCCCCCGCCACCCUGCACUGUCCCGGCUCCCCUGAGGCCCCCACACUGCAGUGCGGCCAGGCCCCCUCCCCGCAGGGGCCGCCCCUGCUGCCCAGCUCUGGUGCCCGGGGCGGCCCGGCCCGAAGGGCCAUGAAGCUUCAGGCCGUCAUGGAGACCCUUCUGCAGCGGCAGCAGCGGGCGCGCCAGGAGCUGGAGGCCCGGCAGCCCGCGCCGCCCCCGCCGCCCCCGCCGGCCGAGCUCCCCGCUGGCCCCCCAGCCCGGGCCAGGGCCAUCCCGGAGGAGGACAGAGAGCCGGAGAAGGCGCGGAUGCAGCGGGCCCAGAUGGCCGCGCUGGCUGCCAUGCGGGCGGCAGCCGCCGGCCUCGGAUCCGCACCCAGCCCCAGCGGCUCAGAGGAUGGGCCCCCCAGCCUGGAGGAUGAAGAUGCAGUCCAGGAAGGGGUGCCAGGCUCGCCUGCCCCAUCAGGCCGAGGCCGGGAGGCACCGGGACAUGCUGAAGACAUCAGGCACCUCGAGGACGUGGGCUCCGACGGUGACCUGAAGCCAAAGUGGGAGGAGGAGGAGGAGGACCUGGAGGACGACCUGGAGGACGAGGAGGACGAGGAGGAGGAGGAGGAGGAGGAGGAGGAGGAGGACUACGAGGACGAGGAGGGGCCUCCAGGCUCUUCCGGCUUGGGCCCUGCAGCCCUCGUGCCCCGUAGGGCCCCGCCGUCCCAGGCCUACCGCGGCGAUAGUGGGCCCCGGGUGCUUGGUGGCCAGGAACGCCAGGGGGCCAGCCUGGCCCACGCCGGAGGGGCUGCGCACGUGGCGCCGCAGCUGCAGCCGCCUGACCACGGGGACUGGACCUACGAGGAGCAGUUCAAGCAGCUCUACGAACUGGACGGGGACCCCAAGAGGAAGGAGUUCCUGGACGAUUUGUUUAGCUUCAUGCAGAAGCGAGGGACGCCCGUGAACCGCAUCCCCAUCAUGGCCAAGCAAGUGCUUGACCUGUUCAUGCUGUACGUGCUGGUGACGGAGAAGGGCGGCCUGGUGGAGGUCAUCAACAAGAAGCUGUGGCGGGAGAUCACCAAGGGCCUCAACCUGCCCACGUCCAUCACCAGCGCGGCCUUCACCCUGCGGACCCAGUACAUGAAAUACCUGUACCCCUACGAGUGCGAGAAGCGCGGCCUCAGCAGCCCCAACGAGCUCCAGGCCGCCAUCGACAGCAACCGGCGGGAGGGCCGGCGCCAGAGCUUUGGGGGCUCCCUGUUCGCCUACUCGCCUGGCGGCGCGCACGGCAUGCUGUCCUCACCCAAGCUGCCCGUGCCCUCGCUGGGCCUCGCCGCCAGCACCAACGGCAGCUCUGUCCCCCCUGCGCCCAAGAUCAAGAAAGAGGAGGACUCGGCCAUCCCCAUCACGGUCCCGGGCCGCCUGCCAGUGUCGCUGGCGGGCCACCCUGUGGUGGCAGCCCAGGCAGCGGCUGUACAAGCAGCAGCAGCUCAGGCAGCUGUGGCUGCACAGGCAGCUGCGCUGGAGCAGCUGCGGGAGAAGCUGGAGUCUGGGGAGCCUCCUGAGAAAAAGAUGGCCCUGGUGGCAGACGAGCAGCACCGGCUUGUGCAGCGGGCACUGCAGCAGAAUUUCCUGGCCAUGACAGCCCAGCUGCCCAUGAGCAUUCGUAUCAACAGCCAAGCCUGCGAGAGCCGCCAGGACUCUGCCCCGAACUUGACCGGCCCCAAUGGCAGCAACAGUAUUAGCAUGUCAGUGGAGAUUAACGGGAUCAUGUACACAGGAGUGCUGUUUGCUCAGCCACCGGCGCCCGCACCACACCCAGCUCCCAGCAAAGCCGGCGGCGGCGGCCGGGCAGGGACCAGCGGGACCAGCAGCAGCGCGGGCAGCCAGGCCGGGCCGGCGGGGUUGUCCACACCUGCCACAUCUUCUACCUCAAAUAACUCAUUGCCUUAACCGUACCACUCCCCACCCGCCACUCCCACCCCAGGAGCCCGCCUGGGCAGGGGGGGCGGGAGUCUGAGGUGGGCCACGCAGGGGCCGGGAUGGCGGUAGAUACGGGUGGGGAGGGGAGGUAUCCAUAAAGGAGCCACAGCUAACGCCAAAAAGAAAGAAAAAGAUAUAUACAUAUAUAUAUAUAAAGAAAAUUUAAUAAAACAGGGGAAAACCAAGGAACACUUGAAUUACUCAGGUUCGGACAUUCAGAGACGUGAAUUGUGAGAGCAGCAGAGGAAGUCGGAAGAGAGAGGGGCCGCCUUUCUGAGGGCUGCAGCCCGGCUGGGCCAACUGGCUGGGUCUGGUUCUGUGCAGAUCGGUUGCCACGGAAGCCGAUCCUGUUUACCUCAUACAUCCCUGCACUGUAUGUUUUCAUUUUUGUCUGU